AUGUCUCAGCUAGGCGAUGACGAACUAACCCUAAUCCUCAAUUGGGUCACCGACCCAAAAGAAAGACAAUUGCUCUCCGAGGUCUGCAAACAAUGGCUGAGAGUGGAGGGCCUGAACCGAUCCUCAAUUCGUCUUCUCGAACCCGAACAUCUCCUCCGAGUCCUACCCAGAUUCCCAAAUUUACUCCAAUUCGAAGCAUCAAAGUCCAUCGCCGACUCCGACCUCGAACUCAUAGCUCGAUUCUGUCCCAAAGUCGAAGUCAUCGACCUCAAUUCGAAAACCCCACGUAAGAUUUCUGACGAAUUUGACGAAGCAUUGUUGUUUGAAGAUUUUGGGAACGACGGUCUGUGCGCUCUGGCACAUGGGUGUCCGAAAUUGCGUAAGGUUUCGAUCAGAAGGAGGAAGAAUGUUGGGAAUUUUGGGAUCGUUUCGCUUGUGGAUUUAUCGCGUAAUUUGACGUAUUUGGAUUUAGGGUUUUGCAGCUUGGUUUCGGACCCAACCCUAGAUGCAAUUGGGUCUUCAAAUUCGAUUAUGGUUUUGGGUUUGCAAGGAUGUUCGUUGAUUACGGAUCGCGGGUUAAAGUUUUUGGCAAAUGGGUCUUGCUCAAAAACCAUGAAAAGGCUGAAUCUUGCAGAGUGUGAUAGAAUCACUGAUUUUGGGGUCUCCAUUUUGCAGACUAUGUGUGGCUUGGUGGAGCUGAAUUUGGCGGAAUGUGGUCCGAAAAUCACCGACUCCGGAGUUGUUUCAAUUGCUGCAAUUGGAUCUCUUAAAAGAUUGAACCUGUCUUGGUUGAUCAAUGUGACAAAUCAAACAGUCGUUGCUCUUGCUGAGAAUUGCCGGAAGUUGGAGAUGCUGGAUUUAACCGGCUGUGAAUUGAAUCGCUUUGGCGUUGAAAAAUGGAUGCAGAUAACAACUAUUGUGCUCUGCUGCUUCAUGGUUUCAGAAACUUUUUCAUAG